CCUGUCUUUGCACCCAACACGUCCACAGACAUCCGCCCACACACUGUCCACUACUCACACUUUUCCUCUUCAUCCCCUCGCUCUCUCGCGCGUGCUCUCUUUUUUCUUCUUUUGCCUUCUAAUCUUGUCUCAAAAAUUGACAUCACAACCUAAUAUUUAAUGCCUGUCCUUUGAUUAUUCUUAUCUAGCCCGGGAGAUACUCUCUUACCCCCCUCUGCAUCGUACGACCUAGCCUCGCCUCGCAUCGUAUCGUCCGACCGACCUACCCAUUUUCUGUGGCGCAUACGUACAAUAUUGCCUCGCUCCUCAUACAAGCUUUCGCCCGUCGUCCAGCAUCUUCCCACGCAUCUUCUGCCUGUACCGGACGCGAGAAACUGUUUCGUUGAGACUGUACGGAGUAGCGUCGUCCUCUCUCCCGGCUGAGAGAUGCGCACAAGCUUGCCCGCCACGCUGUGCAGGUAACACAUAAAGCUACGCAUCAAUCCCGCCAAUCGAGCUGCUUUAGACAUGUGGAGAAGGGUUUACUUCUUGCUUGUGGUGCUGCGCAUUUAUUUUGCGCUUUCACCAAGCUACCUUCACCCGGAUGAGAACUUUCAGGGUCCCGAAGUGAUAGCUGGUGAGGUCUUUAACUAUCCCGUGCACCACACGUGGGAGUUCACCUCGGACUACCCCAUACGAAGCACUUUUCCCCUGUGGCUCAUCUAUGGCCUGCCUAUGCUUAUCCUGCGCUCUAUAUGGGAAGGUCUAGGCCGCGAGGUGCCCCCAAGAGUCGUGUAUUGGACCUUGCGCCUGCUCAUGUUCACGCUCAGCUUUGUACUUGAGGACUGGGCCCUGCAAGAGCUGGUUCACUCGCCCCGCAAACGACGUGUCGCCAUCAUGCUUGUCGCCUCCUCCUACGUGACCUGGACCUACCAAUCGCACACAUUUUCUAACGCGGUGGAGACUCUUGUCGUGCUGUGGAGCCUGGUCCUUAUUCAGCGCGUCGUUGAGGACAAGGAGCACUCGGGCGCAUUUGCCUGCGCUGUCUUGGCCUUCCUCGUCACACUCGGCAUCUUCAACCGCAUCACCUUUCCUGCCUACAUAGUCGUACCUGCCUCCCAGCUGCUCCCUCACUUCAGGCGCAAACCUGUUGCACUUCUCUCGAUAGUCAUCUUUGGUCUUCUCACAGCGGUGUCCGCUGUACUAAUGGAUACCGCCUUUUACCGUCGCGACACCCCGCUAUUCGCGACGGCGCUCAAAGCGCCCAUCGUCACACCGUUCAACAACCUCUUAUACAACGUCGCGACCAGCAAUCUCGCUCAACACGGUCUUCAUCCCAUCUACCAGCAUGCUGCCGUAAAUCUACCGCAGCUGCUUGGCCCGGCAUAUCUGCUUAUCUUUGCCAACUGCUUCUACACAUCCACGCGCCUUGUUGGCGCCGUUUUCGGCACUCUCAUCCUCUCUAUCUUUCCUCACCAGGAAGCACGCUUUCUUUUGCCUGCCGUGCCGCUUAUUCUGUCCUCGUUGAAACUACCCAAGCAUGGCACGAAGUUCUUCUUCAGCGUGUGGGUCGUUUUUAACCUUAUCUUUGGGACGCUGAUGGGCACAUAUCACCAGGGCGGAGUCGUGCCCAUGCAGUUGCACAUUGGGGCUAUGGAUGGUGUGAAGCACGUCUUUUGGUGGAAAAGCUACAGCCCUCCUCUGUGGCUUCUGGACGGCAAGAUUGACAGCAUGAAGACGACGGAUCUGAUGGGCAUGCAGAAGGAGAGUAUGAUGCAGGAGCUGUCUGGCGUGAUACACUGCAAAGCCAAGGAUCGGAGUGGCGUGUUUCUAGUCGCGCCCUACAGCGCCGUCUAUCUCGACAGGUUCGUCGUUGGCGAGAGUGGCGAAAUGAAGCUGAGCAAAGCGCCGCCUGAGAAGGGCGAGCUGUAUCUACGUGAACGCUGGCGCUACAACCAGCAUCUUAACUUGGACGACCUGGACUUCGCUGACGACGGCGUGCUACCGACCCUCUCUCGAGUGAUCGGCCGACGAGGCCUGGUGCUUUGGGAAGUUCAGGUUGACUGUUGAGGAAGGCUGGCGACCAACUCGAGAGGGAUCGAGUUAGUGUUUGUCGCGAUUUGUCGCCCCCUUUUCUUUCUUUACUGUUCACCUCACUCAAGAUACCCCACGAAAAAAUUCUUUUGGCCUGUGUAACUAGCAGACUGUGCUUUCUUCAGCUUUCUCUUUUUUAUUGCAUUUAGGAUACUGGGACUGGAAGGCGAGGUCCGUGUGGUAUCCUGGUUCUUUGCAUAGUUAUCAUUUUCUGCACAUCAGUGGACGGCCUUGGCUGGGCUGAGUGGGCGGCAACUGUUCGUAUGGUUCGUAUAUUCUGUAUGCCCAAGUGCCCUGGGGCCUGUAACAGCAACGGAUAAGCUGGUUCGUCCGUCUCUUUUCAAAACCGUGCCCCGCCUUGGUCAAGCGCUCUGCUAUGGUCCAUCCCUCAGCCGUUUCUGCUCGUGACACGUCCACAUCCUUGCUGGGCCCUGGAUUUGCG